AUGCCAUCUUUCAACCGUUUUACUUCGGUGGGUGGGAAGCAUGCCUGCGCCCUCUUCGAAAUCCGGCUCGAGAACGACUUCAUCGUCUUCCGAGGAAAUGACCACGAGGCUUCGGGGCAGCUUUUGAAAGGCACUGUCGUUCUCUGCCUGUCUGCACCGCUCAAGAUCGAAAAUAUCCACCUGAAGCUGACCGGCACACUUCAUUAUGGGUGGACCGAUACGAAGGUAACAGCUACGGGCAUAUCCACCCAAAAAGUAGACAAGACCGUUCAGUUUUACGAACACCGAUGGCAGCCGUUUGUGGGCAUCGGCGCCGCCUCGGACGCUGUGCCAGCUGGCUAUCCAUAUCAGACGAAGGGCCUGACUCUGGCCCCGGGGAACUACGAGUGGCCAUUCGAGUUGUUGCUAGAUGGUGAUACAACCGAGAGCAUCGAGGGCUUGCGUGAGGCGAGCGUCAUAUAUAGACUCAAGGCAACAGUUGCACGGGGAAAGCUGGCGCACGAUCUACACGCAUACAAGCGACUUCGGGUCAUACGGACACUCGAAGCCUCAGCCCUCGAGUUCCUGCAUGCCAUGAGCGUCGAGAACAUCUGGCCGAACAAGAUCGAGUACUCAAUUGUGGUGCCGCAGAAGGCCGUUGUAUUCGGGAGCUGCAUUCCUCUCGACAUGAGGUUCACCCCCUUGCUCAAAGGGCUUGAGCUGGGCGACAUUACGAUCAAACUGCUCGAGAUUCAUGAAAUUAUUCUCCAGACCAACCACGCCUUCAAAGAACACAAAAAGGAAAGGGUUAUUGAUACAUGGAUCGUUUCGGUGAGCCGAGACGAGCAUUGGCAAGACAUGAUUGACGAUAGCGGCCAAGAAGGCUGGGUCGUGAACAUGUCUCUUAACCUGCCCAAGAAACUGAGCAGGUGCCUCCAGGACGUGAAUACCAGGGGAAUCAAAAUCCGGCACAAGUUGAAGCUGGUAGUUUCGCUCAAGAAUCCUGAUGGCCACAUCUCGGAACUGCGGGCAACGCUGCCUGUCUCCAUAUUUAUUUCACCUAACAUGCCCCUUGAUGAGGAAGGGAACCUUGUGCGUCAACUGCCUAACGCGACGUCCACAGAAAUGGCUGCCAUCGCGCCGCCCAGCUACAGCGAGCACGUCCUUGACCAGUUGUACGAUGGCAUGGACCCUACAGCGCCGCAUACGCCGACAGGGGGACGGUCUGGAGUGAGCAGCCCAUUGCAUGGGCAUUCGAGAGCAGCUUCAGCCGAGAACCUGGCAGCCAUGUUCCACGGAAGUGGCUCGACAGCCUCCAUGACCCUUGGCGGAGCAGUUUCUCCAGCCUUACUGUCGUCUAGGUUACAGAGCAUGUCGUUGGAACAGCACCACCGGGACAGCCAUUGGAAUGCAAACUCCUCAGCUGGAGGUGUCUCCCGGUCCAGCAGCCCUCCUCGCACCAGCGACCACAGCCACCAGAACUCACCGCCGGAAUCGGUGCCCCUUACCCGGGCUAACAGCACCGAUCAUUCGCCUAGCCCGCCUACACCGGAGCAUGACGACUUGCCAGAAAUCUCUAUUUCGGAGUUGAGCAAAGUACCGAGCUACCGGACAGCUGUGAGAACACCAAUCAGGCCACUGAGCACUUACUCGGAUGGGUCCGCGCUUCCAGAUUAUUUCACAGCUACAAGUGCACCACCUUCACCGCAGCUCGGCCCAACCAGGCCAGAAAUGGUCGACGGGCUGGAUAUUAUCGCUGAGCACCCGUUGGGUCUACAAGAACCGACCACAACGCCCCCAGCUGCAGCUCUGGUCCCAGGGCAGCACAUGACUUUUCCGCAGCAGCAGACGAACCGGAGCCCGCCGCCCAUGCACCGACGGCGGACAACAUCACCCAUGCUGGUGUUUCCGUUUCCUCAUCUCUUCCACCAACAUGGAGAUGGGGAUGAACGGGCACGGCUGCGGGUGCUUCAGGCGCGAGAGCGGCUGCCCGUCUAG